AUGGAAGGCAGCCAGCGGACUGCCGAACCCUGGGCCCGUGGGGAGGCUUCUUCAGUUGUUACUUUGCCCCCAAUUGGGGUGGAGAAUCACUGUAAUUAUGGAAGAGAUUAUAGUAUUCGGCGCCCUUCUGCUUUCCGGUGUCGACCUCACUUGGCACUUACUGUUACUGCUGUCUUAACUUCCGUACUUACCUUAAUUUUCGCUAUAUCGCUGUGUUUCCAACCCGUCAUAAAGGCAACGCAACCGAGAACAGCUUUUCGCAGGCUUUCAGCUGGCGGUGAAACUCCAGAAACACCUCCCAGCGCUGGUUCCCCGCCGUACCUAUGCGAAAUUGCUCUUUCAGUGGGGAGGUCUCCCUCAGAGAUGCCCGAAUCUCCGGAACUUCCCACGGCAACUACUGAUCCAACAAAGGAAGAAACUAAAGUGUAUGAAACGGAGUACAAUGAAAAACCACCUUUGAUGUACCCUUCAGAGGGAUGUAGCGAGCAAGGCAAAAAUAUACCCUUUAAAGACGAAAACCCAAUGCAGACCAAUCCAGUCGCAGAAACUAGCAAUGAAAGCUUUCACGCCUUACCAGUGGAGCAAGAAGAGCCUGAAGUGUUAAGUGCUCCCUUGGAAGUCAUAGAGAUCUUAGACUCAUCAGACGAUGACGCAAAUUCAGAUGUGGUCAUAUUGGGCGAAGACUCAAGAGAUUUGACAAGAGAAAUAGAAAUGUCUCCCAUACCGACCGGGCCUCCGGUGUCCUUGCCUUGUGUACACCAAAGCCCUUUAUUUUAUGAUAAAGUUGUUCAAAAGGGGGAGCAGCAGACUAUGCCGUUUGGAGAAUUUGACGAGCCGCCAGCGAAAAGGCUCGCCGCUGAAGAAGAGGGGCUGGACGUUGCAAUGGAAAUUUCCCGGCUUGAUUCACUUCUAGACGAACCCCCCAAAACGGCUGCCGACCUGGUGCGCACACGCCUUCUACACUGGCCGCAACCUCAGCUGCCAAAUUACCCCGCCAGAGUGAUGUUGGGGGACGGAGUUGAGUAUCCCCUGGGGCACGUAGACGCUGCGUUGGCAUUGCAGCCUGCGGAAAAUGGAAUUUACGUGACGCCCGGCGGGCUUGGUGAUAGUAUUCCCGGUGAUGUUUAUAGUGUGCUUUUUGGAGUACCGGAGGCUAAUGAAUCUGGAGGCCCGCUCUUUGAAAUACUAGAGGAUGAUGAAUCUGCAGGCCAAGAUCAGCAUCCUGUGGUCAUUUCUUCAGAUUCAGACGAUGCGGCGUCGUCGGGCACUUACAGCUCCAGCGAAAGUAAAACGCUUCCUUGA